CAGAGCACAGAGAGUGGUGCCUGGAGAAUCCAGUCCCCUCUUUUCCACCCUGUAGAAACAGAAAGUUGAAGAGUGAUUGAUUGGCAUAGGGGAAAUGAGGGUUGGUCCAUGAGAGAAGUGGACGGAACUGAUGCUUCAUUACUUAGGGACUAUAUGCAUCCACAGAACAAAAGAGAUCUUUCUUGCUGAGCCAUCCCCAGAAUGUACCAAGUUUGAUACAUUACAGGACAACUAAGAAAACAGCCAAUUGGGUGUGAUGAACUGAUUCUUCUUGGUUCCCAUCCUGGCCCUCCAAUGGAAAGGGAAAUACAUUGUCUAGUCUAGAUCCCAAAUUGAGAAGGGGCAGAAGGAUAGUCCCUAAGCAGAACAAAAGAGCUUGGUUAUAUGGUAGAAGACAAUGAAAAGGAAGAAAACCGAUGACUGAAACUCAAAAAGUAAAUCAACAGAGGCAGAGCAUACCUAUCCAGACCCUGGUCAGUGGAACCAUUGAGAAAGGACCUCAUUCUUCAGUGGAGGACGACUUGGAGAAUUUUUGUUCUGAGACAGAGAGAACCACUGGGAAUUCUCACAAGUGGACUUGUCCUUGGGCAGCUCACCUGGCCCUGGAAGCUGCCCAGAUGCUGGAUUACAGAGCCAGGAUGGAGAGCUCCAAGAAGGAGAAGGUGGAACAAAUCUUGUCUGAGUUCAGGCUACAGGAAGAAGACCUGAAGAAAGUGAUGAGGCGGAUGCAGAAGGAGAUGGACCGGGGCCUGAGGCUGGAGACCCAUGAAGAAGCCAGUGUGAAGAUGCUCCCCACUUACGUGCGCUCCACCCCAGAGGGGUCAGAAGUGGGAGACUUCCUUUCCCUGGAUCUGGGUGGCACCAAUUUCCGGGUCAUGUUGGUCAAAGUGGGAGAAGAAGAGGAGGGUCAGUGGAGUGUGAAGACAAAGCAUCAGAUGUACUCCAUCCCCGAGGAUGCCAUGACAGGCACAGCAGAAAUGCUCUUUGACUACAUCUCUGAAUGCAUUUCUGAUUUCCUGGACAAACACCACAUGAAACAUAAAAAGUUACCCCUGGGCUUCACGUUCUCCUUCCCGGUGCGGCAUGAAGACAUUGACAAGGGAAUCCUUCUUAACUGGACAAAAGGCUUCAAAGCAUCAGGCGCUGAAGGAAAUAACAUAGUCGGGCUUUUGAGAGAUGCUAUCAAGCGGCGAGGGGACUUUGAGAUGGACGUUGUUGCCAUGGUCAAUGACACGGUGGCAACAAUGAUUUCCUGUUACUAUGAAGAUCGCCAGUGUGAGGUCGGGAUGAUUGUCGGCACAGGGUGUAAUGCCUGCUACAUGGAGGAGAUGGAGAAUGUGGAACUGGUGGAAGGCGAUGAAGGUCGAAUGUGUGUGAACACCGAGUGGGGAGCCUUUGGGAAUGCUGGGGAACUUGACGAGUUCCUGUUGGAGUAUGACCGGGUGGUAGACGAGACCUCCCUGAAUCCCGGUCAGCAGCUUUAUGAGAAGAUCAUCGGGGGCAAGUACAUGGGGGAGAUCGUAAGGCUGGUUCUAAUGAAGCUGGUGGAUGAGAACUUGCUCUUCAAUGGGGAGGCAUCUGAACAGCUGAGGACCCGGGGCGCCUUUGAGACCCGUUUUGUCUCCCAAGUAGAGAGUGAUUCUGGAGACCGAAAGCAGAUCUACAAUAUCCUGAGUACUCUGGGCCUGAUACCCUCCACAACAGACUGUGAUAUCGUGCGUAUGGUCUGUGAGAGUGUCUCUACUCGGGCAGCACAAAUGUGCUCAGCCGGGCUGGCAGGCGUCAUCAACCGUAUGAGGGAGAGCCGAAGCGAGGAAGUCAUGAGGAUCACUGUGGGUGUAGAUGGCUCAGUCUACAAACUGCACCCCAGUUUCAAACACCGAUUUCAUGCCACUGUGCGGCAGCUGGCACCCUGCUGUGAUAUCACUUUUAUCCAGUCAGAGGAGGGCAGUGGACGAGGUGCUGCCCUUGUCUCUGCUGUGGCCUGCAAGAAGGCCUGCAUGCUUAGCCAAUGAAGGCAGGUGUUGCUCCUGCCUGCCUAGGCAUCUGCCAGGAGCACUGCUCACUGGAAGCUGCUCCCCAAUUUCUUCAGCCCUUGAUCCAGAACAGAACUGCUCCAUUUCACCUGAAGGAGGCAGAACUUUUGCUGACAGCAGGUGCCAUGGAAGAUGUACUCUUGGGGGCUCUUCCUUCUCCGAGAGGAGGAAUCUGAGGGAAGCCAAGCAGCUUGUUUCUCUCCAUACAGCAGUAGUCUGCUUCUCCAUGGAUUUGGGACUUGAUAAUCUGUGGUAUCUGUGUACAGUACUCAGCUCAGACUCACCAUAUGAGGAACCAGGGAAGGACCCGGCAGAGAAGGAAUGGCCUCAAACAGAUCCAUAAUUAGGACUUUUUGGACCUGGAUCAAGGGAAGGGAAGAUGCUGAGGGGAAUUCACUUGGAGUGCAGCCAUUGGGGAGAAAGAAUACUCCAGGGCACCACCAGAUUUCUGUGCUGCUGAAGGACUGAUUUGUGCUGGGUGGCAGUAGGUAGAAUAGGAGAAAAUAGAUGUCAGAAUUCAGCCAACAGAGGAAGAAAGUGUGCUCUAGGACAGGUGCUGUCAGCACCCAUCAAAUUUUGGUGCCCUGGGACAUCUGGUGCCUUGUUAUUCCUCUCUAUUUAAUGGCUCUGACCUUAAAGAAUUACCUCCUACACAACUGUGCCCAAGCAUACCAACAAUAGCCAGAAUUUUGUUUCUCCCUCAUCCAUCUCUUCAUACCUCUCCUGACCUCUCUUCCUAGCUGCUAGCCAGGGGCUUUAUCAAAGCCUAGUGGUACCCAGGGAUGACCUAUCCUGGAAGGUAGUGAGUGUGGUUCUGGGCUGGCAGUAGGAACCCUGUUUCUUCUGAUGAUACCAGAACCAAUUUCCUUUUGAAUGGCUGACCUGUGUGUGCUUGCUGCUCCUAUCAGGGUAAAACUCCUGGAUCCCUGGCAUGGCAAGUCAGCUUUACUACAACCAUCCAGACCUUGCCAGUCUGCUCCCCAUUAGGGUCAUUGGACUUUACACAUACUCAAAAGAUUCUCCCCUUCCUCUACCCUGACUUUCAGAAAGCCUAGACUUCACUCCUGGGUUUGUUGGGGGUCUUUGUAGGAAUAGCUUAGUCUAUUUGUGCCAUUGAGAGAACCAAAGACCACAAAUUCCCAGUAUCCUCAGGCAGUUGGCAUGAAUUAACUGACAUUCACAUGGGUGGUCCCUUGGUCCUUUUUCUCCUAGGAAAUAUACCCAAUAAGACAAAAUAAAAUUGAACUUUGACAAGAGGGAAGAAGUCAUCUAACACCUUUCAUUUGACCCCCAGCAUCCAAGAUUGACAAGUCAAUUGAACCAUACAGUCUCAUGAAGUAUCCCUACAUGCUGGAAACACGUGUCAUCUCAUAACCACAACCUGACCUUUACAUAGACACAAGACCCUUCCUGCUUCUCUCUUAGCAGGGGAACUCACAUAAGUCUCUCAGGGGCUCUCAUAGCCCUUCCCCACUCUCCAGAGGAAGGCUCUGGAGCCAAGCUUCAAUGCUAGUAUCUGUAGAUAUGUUGGAUCACAAAGGCUUUGGUAUUGGGUGCACAGACACACACACACACACACACACACACACACACACACACACACACAGAAAUAAAGUCCAGCCCUUCCUUUUCCACUUUGUAAAGCCAGCAUACUUAUCACAAUCCUCCCCCAAUGCCUUCCCUGAUUGUCUUUUUAUUUUUAAAUAAAGAAAAAUUUGACAUGA